AUGUCUCUGUCCAAAAUUGCGGGUAUCGUCCUCGGCUCUGCCGCUCUGGUGGCUGGCCACGGGUAUGUCACUGGUGCCGUUGUUGACGGCACCUACUAUGGUGGCUACCUGAUCACCCAAUACCCUUACGAGAGCGAUCCCCCAGAUGUCAUUGCCUGGUCUGAGGACGAGACUGACCUAGGCUACAUCGAUGGUUCGGAGUACAGCAACUCCAACAUCAUUUGCCACAAGGACGCCGAGCCCGGUGCCCUGGAAGCCUCGGUCUCGGCUGGUGGCAGCGUCGAGCUGCAGUGGUCUGAAUGGCCCUCCAGCCAUCACGGCCCCGUUAUCACCUACCUGGCCAACUGCAAUGGUGAUUGCUCCUCCGUCGACAAGACCGCUUUGGAGUUCUUCAAAAUCGACGAGGGCGGUCUCAUUGAUGAUACCGACGUCCCCGGUACCUGGGCCAGUGACCAGCUCAUCAACAACAACAACAGCCGUACUGUCACUAUCCCCAGCAGCAUCGCGUCUGGCAACUAUGUCCUCCGUCAUGAGAUCAUUGCUCUGCACUCUGCUGAGAAUACGAACGGUGCUCAGAACUACCCUCAGUGUAUCAACUUGAAGGUGACCGGCGGCGGCAGCGAUUCGCCCUCCGGUACUCUGGGUACUGCGCUGUACAAGAACACCGACCCCGGCAUCCUGGUGAACAUCUACCAGUCGCUGAGCUCUUACACCAUCCCUGGCCCAGCCCUGUACACCGGCGCUUCUUCUUCCUCGGGCUCUACCACCUCUGCUGCCUCCAUCGCCGCAAGCACCACUGCUGCCGCCGUCACGACCGCCGCUCCCUCGACAGUCGCCUCCGUUGGCAGCAUCUCCUCUUCCACCCCCACCGUUAGUGCCUCCCCCAUCCGGAGCCCUUCUGUGAUCCCGCACUUCUACAACUCCACCCGCCUCCCCCGUCCCUCGUUCACCCGCGGCUCGGGCUCCCCUUCGGCCCCAUCAGGCCAGUUCCAAGGCUCCCAGCCCGGGGGCACUGAGGUUCCCGCCGGAGCCGCUUCCACCGUCACAGAAUAUACCACGGCGCAUGUCACCGCCGACGUUACAGUUACUGACAAGCCCGUUGUGCAGACUGCCAGUGCUGAACCCGAGUACGUAACCGUCACUGCCAGCGCAAAUGGCCAGUCCGCCGCCGCCAGCACCGCCGCCGCCCAGGGCGAGGCCCCAUCUCCCAGUGCCACCCCUAGCGCUGAAUCCGGCUCUUCCAGCUCUGACUCCGGAUCCUCCGACUCGAGCUCCUCGAGCUCGUCUAGCUCCGGCUCCAGCUCCAGCUCCAGCUCCUCCACCUCGGACUCUAGCUCCUACAACUCCAGCAACUGGUCCUCCUAUCUGACCUCCCUGGAUGCGGAUGAGCUCCUCACCAUGAUCCGCCAGACCCUGCGCUGGCUCGUCUCAGACAAGAAGCAUGCGCGCGACCUGUCCCACUAA